UAAGAUAUCACCUCCAAAGAGCAUCGAUGGCUUCCAACAAUCCGAUUGAUGCAGCGAUCGGUACAUAUUUCUUGAGGCUCCAUGCUAGACUGCAAUCUUUGGAAAAACAGAUAAGAAGUAAUUCUGAAAGUAUUAAAACCAAACACAUUGACGCGUUGAACGAAAUCGAUGAAGAUUUACGUUCCAAUAUACGAACUUUACACGGUUUAAUUGAUACUGCUUUAAAUGUGAACGAUGAAACUAAUAAAGUAAAGGUUAAUGUGCAGAACUUAAUCGACAAACUGAAGAGUUUCGUUGCCGUCCCUUGUUAUUUAAUCGGACAGGAACAAGUUACUUACGCCGUACAAUUUAAUUGUGAAGAUCCAUUUGAAAAUUUGGAAGAAACUGUUUCUUCGCAAUUUAAAGAAACCGAAACUAGUUUUAGACUUUUACGUGAAGACGAAUUGCCCGAAAAUUAUCACGUUGAGUUACCCGACGAUUUGGCUUCAUUAGAAGUUGUACACUUGAAUCGAAGUUUGACAAGGUCUCCCGAAUCAGUUUCAUCUAACUCGUCAAUGGCACUUAGUCAAAAUAGCAGUGUAUCACAUACUCGAAGUAAACCGUCAAAGAUGACACCCAAGACGAAAGCAGUAGAGGGAUGGAUCAAAGGUGUUCACGAAUCAACUUUUACAAUAAACACUCCUAUAUUCAAACCAAAGGAUCGACAUUCUGUGAACAUCAGCUACAUAGCCAAUCCAGAAAAUUUUUAUGUGCAAGUUGAUUCUCAAAUGAAAGAGCUGCAACGUUUACAUGAAGAAAUUCAAAAUUAUGUUAAACGUUUUACUGCUCGUGUGAAAAGAAUUCCCGAAAUAGGAUCCCUUUACAUCGUAAAUUAUCAUGCAACAGAAUGGUAUCGAGGUAGAGUUAUAGAUAUUGAAAAAAGUAGUAACUGCAAUGUUUAUACUGUUGAAUUUAUCGACUAUGGCAACACAAAGCUAGUUACGGAACUGAAAGACUUCAUUGAGAUAAUCGGCGCAUUUAGCGAACCGCCUCCGUUUGCGCAAAGGUGUAAAUUAUUUGACAUGCAUCCUACUGCACCGUGUUGGAGUGAAAGAGAAACACGUUAUAUGGCCGAAAUUAUUGCAGGCACAGAAGUUAUCAUGGUUAUCAUGGAAUACGCUAGUGAUAUUUUGGAAGUUGAUUUACUCUCAUGUUCUGGCGCAGAAACAACGUCAGUGCGAGACGCGUUACUAUUUGCAGGUUAUGGUGUAUCUGAAUUGAAAGUCGACUGUUUAUUGUCGGAAAUAUUGAUCCCUAUCGCCCUAUCCAUUAAGGAUAACUUUGAAAUAGGUCCUCUUUACGGGCUUAUACCGAAACACUGA